AUGCUUGACGCCUUAACUGAUGCUGAACUGAAUCGAAUUCAGAAGGUGGAGAAACUCAUCGUAGGAGGAGAUGCAGUUCGGGAUAGAAACCUAGUCAAGGUCUUAAAUUCUGGCCUCGAUGUUACGCAAAUCUAUGGUCCAACAGAGGGUACUGUGUGGUCCCUGACCAACAGAUGUAAAGCCCUACCUGAAGAGGGAUCCCUUAUAGGAAAACCAGUGCUCAACGAAACAUGCUGGUUGGCUGAGGGAGUGAAAGAGGGCGAAUUAGUCCUAAGCGGAGCCAAGGUAGCUCGAGGAUAUUUCAAUGAUCCCAACAACGAGAGUUUCUACCGAACCAAUGGUGUGCCAUGCUAUCGUACUGGAGACAUCGUCAGGAACGACAAGGAGGGAUUCAUUUACCGAGGAAGGAUCGACUCACAAAUGAAAGUUCGUGGCCAUCGGAUUGAAAGCUUAGAGGUGGAGCGAGCGAUACUCGAGACUUCACUGAACAUUUCAGAAGCCAAAGUCAUCGCUCUAAAGGAGUCGCUGAUUGCGUUUAUAGUUCACGACAAGCCCCUAGACAGCGCUACGGUGCUAGCUGAGCUGGAGGCAACUUUGCCAUCGUACAUGGUCCCAUCACGGUUCGUCCGGGUCCCAGAGAUACCUCUGAACAGCUCAGGAAAAGUAAAUAAGGAAAAGCUAUUGGAGGAAUAUAGCCGGACUACUGUGGAUUGCGCGGCUCCUACGACUACCCAAAUGUCCCUGACCGAGCAGAGAGUAGCUUCAGUCUUUGAAAAACUUUUAGGCCUGAAAAAUGUGCGGUCUACGGACAACUUCUUCACCCUCGGUGGACAUUCGCUACUUCUCUUCGAACUGAAGAACCAACUACUCACUGAAUUCGAUCUGAACAUUGAAGUUCAUGAUCUUUUCGCCAAUCUCACUGUACAGGAAAUGGCCAGGUUUAUUACGAAGCAGUCGAGAGAAGCCGGUGACACUUCGAUCAUUACAAAACUACGUGAGGCACCUGAGGCCAAGUUCAACGUCUAUUUGAUUCAUGCCAUUGGUGGAUCUGUAUUUCCGUACUAUGCUUUUCUUCAAGUAUUUCCUAAAACGGUCAAUAUUUAUGCUAUUGAAUAUCAACUGCACUUCGAAGCUGACACAAUCAAGCAACUAGCUGCAUUCUACGCGAGAGCGAUAGCAGCACACACAAGAGAUGUCCGACCUUUUCCAAUGGGCCACUCUCUGGGUGGAACUAUUAGCAGAGAAAUCGUCGCCGAAUUGAAGCUGUGGGGAUGGGAGAUCCCAUUUGUGAUGAUGUUCGACACGUGGAUGGUGCAGCAAUUGAACAUGGAGCGAGUGACAGCUUUCGCCAAGAAAACCUUCUUGGCACUACCCGACUACGAAGAUCGGGUGAAAAAGACAACUCGCCUAGCUGAUAUGCUACGGAGGCAUACUUGUGCUAUUUCUACGACGAAAAUAUAUUUGUUCAAAAGCGCAGAGGUCAGCGAUGAUGAGGCAUUCCGAAGAGUUGUACGACCGGAUCUCAAUGAAAGUAUAUUACGAGCGAUGACAGAUAAUAGGCUCGGUUCAUCUUCUACGCAACCCAUCGAUGUAUGGCUGAUUGAUGGAAAUCAUGAGUCGUGCAUGAAGCCUGGAGAAUCUCACCACUCACAAGGAGACGAUACUUUCAAUUUUUACCAAUUAUUUGUAGUCUUCUAG